CGGUACCCCUCGUCAUCUGAAGGUCAAGGCAACACACCCCCGCUUGCCUGUACCUCGGAAGGUUGCUUCAUAAAGUGUUCAGUGAAUGUUCAAGCUCCCGAUUCGCACGCUAUUAACCAGCCACGCUGACGACUUUCGUUUCCCAAAAGAAACCACACAUCCAUCUACUACUAUUUUGCUCAAGCAGCAGCGAUCUGGCUUUCACCCUCAACACUACCUACCACAAAAAGUCGUUAACGAACCCAACAAAAAUGGCAAGCGCUCCGUUGUCCUGGGCCCAUCCCACGCAUCACCUUCCAUUCUCCUCUCGACCAACCCCCCUCUUUUCUUGGGUACAAGUCCUCGUCGGAUUCAUUGCUCUCUCAUCGCUCUUCGACACCUCGCUCGCAGCACCCACAACAGCACCCCACUUUUCGAACAACUUGAACGCUGUCCUCCCGCCGCGGAAUAUCCUCAUCGAUGCCGUCAUAAUCACCCCAACCCACGACACCACCACCACCACCACCAACAACAACAACCACCCCCAAAACACAGCAAGAACAAACCGCCCCACCACUCACAACAUCACCCCCAGAACCGACCCCGACCCCAGUCCCGACCCCAACUCCCAAAUCGAUCCCAACCCCAACCCCCUCGACGAUACCAUCCCCCAACACAAGAAAAUACCACCGCCCUUCCCCGCCAACAUGUACGACACGCCCGAGCACGCCAUCGCGUCGGGCGCGUUUCUGGGCAUGCUGGGGACCUGCGUGUUGUGGGCGAUGCGGCUCUUCGGCGGGGUUUGUUGGCGGGGAGUGCGGGAUGCUUGGGCUGUGACGGGAGGGUUUGAAGGCGGAGGGUUGCCGGGGAGGGUUGGGGGCGUUGGUUUGGGUAGGUAAUUAGGGAGGGGUGAAGGGUUGAGGGGUGAUAUAGGCAUUGGGAUAGGGGAGUGGGGGAUGGGGACCUUGGUCGGGGGGCGUUUCGGGUGCUUGGGUUUCGGGGGUGUUGUGGUGUGGCGGAGGUGUGAAGAGAUGGA